AGAGAGAGACGAGGAUUUUAGCCGUCAGUGCCAGUACGUUUCAUUCUGCAGCACUCGAGCUCUCAGGGAGCGCGCCUCUGUAACGAAGCACGGCACAAGGGAAAAAUAACCUAAACGAGUCUGUUUAUAGCCUAACCUUCGGUAAACCGGUUAGCAAACAGUGGUAACGAAUUUUAUGACUAUGGAAGUGUCCCAUUACUGAGGUAAUCGUUUCAAAUAAGACAGUAUUUUGGUCUGUGUGUUCAUUUGACAAGUGACCGUGCCGAUCGCGCCUCCCGGCGUCGGCUCUGUCCCAGGUGCUGAAAGCGCUGGUGUUGCGUUUCUGUAGCAACCAACGACCAAGUUUAGCCUACACCGCCAACGCCGAUUUCUUACGAGAACAGGAAACGCCGAGUGGUGGAGGAAAGGAGCCUAGUGCGGUGAAUGUUAAGCAACUCUCCGCCACCGACCGAGGUGUGGGUCCCGUUAACGCGAAUAAAUGGGAUAUUCGGUUGGCCAGGCAGGAUGUAAAAAAUCGUUUGAAGGAUGGGGAAACAAGGCUUCUCUGCGGUGGCACUGCCACUGCUCGUUCUGGGCUGGCUCACGGUAUCCGUUACCGCCGGUGACUCUGCUCUGUCGGCUCCUGUCAAUGUGACGAUCAGAGAGCUGGAGGCGAACACAGCCAUAGUCACAUGGGAGAUACUGGAGGGAGAUCCCGUCAUCGGAUUCGCCAUCACACAACAGAAGAAGGAUGUGCGCAUGCUGCGGUACAUCCAGGAAGUGAACACGACCACGCGCUCCUGUGCAUUAUGGGACUUGGAGGAGGACACGGAGUACAUUGUUCAUGUCCAGAGCAUCAGCAUGGGAGGCAGUAGUCCUCCGAGUGACCCGGUCAGCUUCAGAACACCCAGAGAGUCUGAGAAACUGGCCUCCACAGGCCCAGACGAGGUGAACAGGGAGGAGAUGGAACAGGCAGUUCAGCUCAGAGUUGGAGAACUCAUCAUCAUCGUGGUGGUGCUCGUCAUGUGGGCAGGUGUGAUCCUCCUGUUCUGUCGUCAGUAUGACAUCAUCAAAGACAACGAGCCCAACAACAACAAGGACAAAGCCAAGACCUCGUCAGAGUGCAGUACGCCAGAACACCCACAGGGGGGGCUACUGCGUAGCAACGUCUGAAACCAGCCCCCACUGGCCACUCACCUAUAUGGCAAUAACCUCUUAAUCCUAUUCCUCAGGACAGGUGAGGCGACACAGCCAACCAGAACCCUCACACAUAGGGCUGCGUCCUGAUUCUUCAUACUUCUCCUGAAGUGUGUGUGUCCUUGUAUCCGCAACAUGACGAUCACCACUACGAUGAUGAUGAGCUCUCCAGCUCCGAGCUAAGACCCCUGACACCAUCUCCUCCACAAAUCAGCACCCCAGACUACAGCACAGCCGCGCACCAGGAACCCAGCCCAGCCAAUCCCAGCAGCACAGCACAGCUCCACACACCAGGAACCCAGCCCAGCCAAUCCCAGCAGUACAACCCCACACCAGGAACCCAGCCCAGCCAAUCCCAGCAGCACAACCCCACACCAGGAACCCAGCCCAGCCAAUCCCAGCAGCACAACCCCACACCAGGAACCCAGCCCAGCCAAUCCCAGCAGUACAACCCCACACCAGGAACCCAGCCCAGCCAAUCCCAGCAGCACAGCACAGCUCCGCACACCAGGAACCCAGCCCAGCCAAUCCCAGCAGUACAACCCCACACCAGGAACCCAGCCCAGCCAAUCCCAGCAGCCCAGCAGCACAGCCCACGAUGGACCACAACCACCUGUCACCCAGAGUGGGGAGACUGAAGAGGUGUAGGGUGAAGCUGCACCUAGAUGCUGAUCUUGGGUCAGCGUCUAGGGUUGUGCCUUUCAGAUUAUAAUACAUUAGGUUAAAUGGACACGGGAGGCCUGAUCCUAGAUCAGCGCUCCCACUGUGAGACGCUUUAUGAAUAGAGAGGAAUUGACAGGUGUGAGCAAUAUGGUCGAAAGUUCCAGCUAGACUAUCAGAGGGCAAGGUAAAGUUAUUAUCAUGUUGCUUAUAAACCUAUCAAAUCAUUUCAGAUCGCAACAGAUGUCUAGAGGGAAGGGGCUAGUGAUUGUUUCUGGACAAGGAGCCUCUGUCUCUUUUUCUCUCUCUCUCCCUCUCCCCCCCCCCCCCCUCUCCC